CACCACAAACACCCACAACUACAGAGCUGAAUGACUAGGUUGUUCCUGCUGUAAUACCUGAAAACACUUCCAUGCUAAAUGACCACAUUGUUGCUGCUCUAACACCUGAAAACGCUUUCAUGGCUGAGCAGAAAAAUCUAGAAAAGAGCUUAGAGAGUGACAGGGGAGCUGAAGGAAAGAAAAAGACAAAGAAGCACAAGAGCCAAACAUGGGCUAAAGAGGGGCCACGAGACCCUUUUGAAAUGUUCAAUUUGCUCCCAGCUAGACUCUCUUUCUGAGGAAAAGCAACAGGAGAUUCAGAAGGCCCUACACCUGUUUUCUUUUGGUCAUGGGCCUCCAAAGAACCUACAAGAGGCUCAGAGACACACAUACCGCUUUUGGGAUACUCAGCCAGUCCCUAAGAUAGGUAUGAAUAAUGCACAGGUAAACAACAUAAACCAUGUGCGUGUCUACAAAUGGCUUUCAUUCUUUUUUAGAUGAGAAAGUGACAUCACAUGGACCAGUUGAGUCACAAAGGCCUAGUGUUCGAGAGGAGCCAUACUCGCUGCCACAAGAAUUCAUUUGGGACACACUCAAUCUGGACAACCAAGAGCAGCUGAGAGAACUGUGUGACUUGCUGAAUGAAAACUACACAGAGGAGGAUGACAACACGCUUCGUCUGCACUACUCUCCACAGUUCUUGCUCUGGGCUCUGUGUCCCCCUGGAUGGCAGUCACAGUGGCAUUGUGGAGUUCGAGUUAAGUCCAGUCAAAAACUAGUGGGUUUCAUAAGUGCCAUUCCUGUUACUAUUAAAGUAUUUGACACAGAGCUGAAGAUGGUGGAGGUGAACUUCCUUUGUGUACACAAAAAACUUCGCUCAAAAAGAGUGGCACCAGUCCUAAUCAAGGAGCUUACCAGACGGGUCCAUCAGCAGGGUAUAUCUCAAGCAAUCUACAGCACGAAUGUGGUCUUACCAAAACCUAUUGCCAGUUGUAGGUAUUGGCACAGGUCACUGAACCCACGCAAGCUGAUUGAGCUGAAUUUCUCCUCUCUCACUCGUAACAUGACCCUGCAGCGUGCCGUCAAGCUAAAUCGGCUUCCUGAGACAACAAAAACGACAGGCCUUCGCCCCAUGACUGUACAGGAUGUGCCAGUGAUUCAAACUCUUCUGAGAGAACAUCUAAAGGCUUUUCAUCUCAUUCCUUCUCUGACCCUGGAGGAUGUUGAGCACUGGCUUCUGCCUCAAGAUGGUGUGAUUGACACAUAUGUUGUGGAGAGCAUGGCCGAUACCAUAACUGACAUGGUGAGUUUCUACACACUUCCCUCUACGGCCCUGAAUCACCCUGUGCAUAAAGGCCUGAAGGCAGCCUGUGUUCUCUAUUGCAUCAGCAAGGCCACUCCACUGCUGCAGCUAAUGGAGGAUAUCCUUAUCAUCUGUAAAGCAAGAAAGUUCGAUGUUUUCUCUGCUCUGGAUGUAAUGGAUAAUAAAGCUUUUUUGGAGCCCCUUAAGUUCAGAAUGGGAGAUGUACACAAACAGUAUUACCUCUACAACUGGAGAUGCCCUGAGAUGGCCUCAGACAAGUUGGGUGUUGUGCUGAAGUAAAGGCAUUUUGCGUACAAAUGGGCAAUGAAAAUACAUAAACACGUGAGACUUAUAUAGCACACUUUUCUUACAUAUAAUUAUUAAAUAAAUCCUUAUUUCACAAUAUGAAAUUUGCAUGCAUGUGUUUCUUUCUUUAAUAUUGAUACAGUUGUCCAUUAUGUUUUU